AUGGCGGCUAAGAAACUCUGUGAGACCUUCUCCAAGAGCCUGAUCGACGAGGUUCAGAAAUGGGGUUGCAUGAAACAGACUGGGGUUAGCUUGAGAUACAUGAUGGAGUUUGGUUUGAAGCCUACUCCCAAGAAUUUGCUUAUUUCUGCUCAGUUUCUUCACAAGGAGCUUCCAAUUCGGAUUGCUAGAAGAGCUAUUGAACUCGAGAAUCUUCCUUAUGGCCUCUCUGUUAAACCUGCUGUUUUGAAGGUUCGUGACUGGUAUUUGGAUUCUUUCCGUGACCUUCGGGCCUUCCCUGAGAUAAAGAACCCAGAUGAUGAAAAGGAGUUUACACAAAUGAUAAAGGCAAUUAAGGUGAGACACAACAACGUGGUUCCGAUGAUGGCUUUAGGCGUUCAACAGCUGAAGAAGAGCAUUGCUCUAGAUAGUAUUGGUUAUCAAGAUCUUCAUGAGAUUCAUCAGUUUUUGGAUCGCUUCUACAUGUCGAGAAUUGGGAUUCGUAUGCUCAUUGGGCAGCAUGUCGAAUUACACAACCCCAAUCCCCCUCCUGACUGUGUAGGAUAUAUACACACAAAAAUGUCCCCUGUGAAGGUCGCGGAGAGCGCCAGUGAGGAUGCUCGUGCUAUCUGUUUGCGUGAGUAUGGCAGUGCCCCUAAUAUCAAAAUCUAUGGAGAUCCAAGUUUUACAUUUCCUUAUGUUCCAACACAUUUGCAACUUAUGGUCUUUGAGUUGGUUAAGAACUCGUUACGUGCCGUGCAAGAGCGUUUUAUGGAUUCUGAUAAAGUUGCUCCUCCAGUUAAAAUUAUAGUUGCUGAUGGAAUUGAGGAUGUCACUAUUAAGGUAUCUGACGAGGGCGGUGGCAUACCUCGAAGCGGGCUUCCCAGAAUUUUCACCUACCUCUACACCACAGCAAAAAACCCUCUGGACGAACAUCCCGAUCUGGGAACAGCAGACUUGGUGACAAUGGCUGGAUAUGGCUAUGGCCUUCCGAUAAGUCGUCUGUAUGCCCGUUAUUUUGGCGGGGAUCUGCAAGUGAUCUCCAUGGAAGGAUAUGGAACAGAUGCAUAUCUACACCUAUCUCGUCUGGGGGAUUCACAAGAGCCACUGCCAUGAGCAAAAGGAAGAAGAAGAAGAUUUGGUAUUGAAAUUGAUCCAAUUGUAAGAACUUGGAAUUUAGUAAAAGCGCAUUCCUUUUACCUUUACCUUUAUCUUUACCGUUGCCUUUGCCUUUGUAUAUUCUGCCUUUUGCUUUAUGCAAAAAUGCAUUUUCUCAUUACCAUACCA